ACGUAGGAAAAGUACCUGUGUGUGGGGGUUGGAGGGCGGGAGGAGCCGCUACCCUCCUUCCGCCUGGGCCGUCCGCCCCGCACCCUCCGCCUGACUCAGGUCUUCCUGCCCCCUCGCCGCCUCCUCCCAGCAGCCCCCCAGGGUUGAGCUGGAGGACACCCCAAAGCGGACACCCCCCCCCCCAUUAAAAACACAGAGCGGCUCCUGACCUUGCUCCUGGGUCGGCCGGAAACCGGCAGCCUCGGGCCUCCCGCCGAGCGCUCGGGACUGCGGGGCGGCCGGGCGCGGGGCCAAAGGCGGGGCGGGGGCCGGGGCCUUUAAGAGGCGCGGCCGGCCCGGGCCCGACCCAGACGCGGGCAGCGCCUGGACUCGCCGCCGCCGCGGGACUCGGGCAGCCCCGCAGCGCUCCGGCUCCUCCUCCUCCCGCGACCGCCUUCCGCAGCGAUGGACGGAGACGGCGACCCAGAGAGCGUGGACCAGCCGGAGGCGAGCCCGGAGGAGCAGCCGGAGGAGGCGAGCGCGGAGGAGGCGAGCGCGGAGGAGGAGCGGCCGGAGGAGGAGGAGGAGGCGGCGGCGUACCUGGCCGAGCUGCCCGAGCCGCUGCUGCUGCGCGUGCUGGCCGAGCUGCCGGCCGCCGAGCUCGUGCAGGCCUGCCGCCUGGUGUGCCUGCGCUGGAAGGAGCUGGUGGACGGCGCCCCCCUGUGGCUGCUCAAGUGCCAGCAGGAGGGGCUGGUGGCCGAGGGCGGCGCGGAGGACGAGCGCGACCACUGGCAACAGUUCUACUUUCUGAGCAAGCGGCGGCGCAACCUCCUGCGCAACCCGUGCGGGGAAGAGGACUUGGAGGGCUGGUGUGACGUGGAGCACGGCGGGGACGGCUGGAGGGUGGAGGAGCUGCCUGGAGACUGUGGAGGGGAAUUCAGCCACGAUGAGAGCGUCAAGAAGUACUUUGCCUCUUCCUUUGAGUGGUGCCGCAAAGCCCAGGUCGUUGACCUGCAGGCCGAGGGUUACUGGGAGGAGCUGCUGGACACGACUCAGCCGGCCAUCGUGGCGAAGGACUGGUACUCGGGCCGCAGCGACGCCGGCUGCCUGUACGAGCUCACGGUCAAGCUGCUGUCGGAGCACGAGGACGUGCUGGCCGAGUUCACCAGUGGGCAGGUGGCAGUGCCCCAGGACAGCGACGACGGCGGCUGGAUCGAGAUCUCCCACACCUUCACUGACUACGGACCGGGGGUCCGCUUCGUCCGCUUUGAGCACGGGGGGCAGGACUCCGUCUACUGGAAGGGAUGGUUCGGGGCCCGGGUAACCAACAGCAGCGUGUCGGUGGAGCCCUGAGCGCAACCCCCCCGCCCCCCCAACCUCCCGCUGCCCGGGAGGGUUAGAGACCCGGGGUUAGAUAGCCGUUUACUUAGCCAGUAGCAUCCUCACCUCCGUAGCCUACUCCUCUCCCGCCCCCUGCUUCAGGCCCAGCCCCCACGCGGGAAGAGAGGGUGUUCCGUUGGCAAAUUCGCAUAUAUUUGCCUACCAUUGGCAGCCUUCCCUGGAAUGGAAGCUCGAUGAGGGCGCGGGCCUGGGCUGGCUCUCGCUGCUGAAUCCCCUGAGUCUAGCACAGUGCCUGCCACAAAGCGGGUGUUCAAUAAAUAGUCUUUGUCCAGUGAA